AUGGCGCUGUGGCUCUGGACGCUGACCCUCCUGGUGGGCCUGGGAGGCUCCGGUGUGGGCCUGCGGACCCGCAAGCCUGACUCCUUCCACAGUGAGACAGAGCUGAACCAUUUGGUGGUAGACAGUGCGACGGGCGGGGUGUACCUGGGGGCAGUGAACAUGCUGUACCAGCUGACUGCCGACCUCCAGCUGGUGCAGCAGGCAUCCACAGGCCCAGCCCUGGACAACAGGAAGUGCACGCCGCCCAUCGAGAGGGGCCAGUGCCACGAGGCCGUGCUCACUGAUAAUGUGAACCAGCUGCUGCUGCUGGACCCACCCAAAGGCCGCGUGGUCGAGUGCGGGAGCCUCUUCAAGGGCAUCUGUGCCCUGCGGUUGCUAAGCAACAUCUCCACACGCAUCUUCUACGAGGACAGCAGUGGUGAGAAGUCCUUCGUGGCCAGCAACGACGAGACUGUGGCCACGGUGGGGCUGGUGAGCUCCGCGGACCCCGGCGGCGAGCGCGUGCUCUUCGUGGGGAAGGGCAACGGGCCGCAUGACAACGGUAUCAUCGUCAGCACCCGUCUGCUGGACCGCACCGCAGGCAGGGAGGCCUUUGAGGCCUAUACAGACCAUGCCACCUACAAGGCCGGCUACCUGUCCACCAACACGCAGCAGUUUGUAGCCGCCUUCGAGGAUGGCCGGUAUGUCUUCUUCGUCUUCAACCAGCAAGACAAGCACCCGGCCCGGAACCGCACGCUCCUGGCGCGUAUGUGCAAGCACGACCCCUUCUACUACUCCUACCUGGAGAUGGACCUGGAAUGCCAGGACCCCGCUGACCCCCAGGCCCCCUUCGGGACCUGCCUGGCAGCCUCAGUGGACCCCGGCAGGGCGCUGUACGCCGUCUUCAGCAAGGACAGCAGGAGCGGAGGUGGUGGGGGGCUCCAAGCUGGCCUCUGCCUGUUUCCGCUGGAUAAAAUCCACGCCAAGAUGGAGGCCAACCGCAACGCCUGCUACACGGGCGCCCGGGAGGUGGGCCGUAACACCUUCUACAAGGCCUUCCACGGCGAGAUCCAGUGUGGGGGCCACACGCUGGGUGCCAGUAAGAGCUUCCCUUGUGGCUCGGAGCACCUGCCCUACCCUCUGGGCAGCCGGGAAGGACUCAGAGCCAAGGCUGUGCUGCAGCGGGGCGGCUUGAACUUGACGGCUGUGACAGUGGCUGCUGAAGAUGGCCACACCAUCGCCUUCCUGGGCACCUCUGAUGGCAGGAUCCUCAAGGUGUACCUCGCCCCGAAUGGUACCUCUGUAGAAUAUGGUUCCAUCCCUGUGGAGAUCAACAAGCGGAUUGGGCAGGCCCUGGUGCUGUCCCCAGACCUGGGUAGUCUGUACGCCAUGACUCAGGACAAGGUGUUCCGGCUCCCUGUGCAGGAGUGUCUGAGCCACCCCACCUGUGCGCAGUGCCGUGACUCACAGGACCCCUACUGUGGCUGGUGUGUCGUCGAGGGACGGUGCACGAGGAAGGCCAAGUGCCCACGGGCUGAAGAGACUGGCCACUGGCUGUGGAGCCGGGGCAACUCCUGUGUAACCGUCACCGGCGCCCAGCCACAGAACAUGAGCCGGCGGGCCCAGGGGGAGGUACAGCUGACAGUCACCCCACUCCCCACCCUGAACGAGGAUGAUGAGCUGCUGUGCCUCUUUGGUGACUCGCCACCGCAUCCUGCCCGAGUGGAGGGUGACACGGUCGUCUGCAACUCCCCGACAGUCAUUCCCAGCACACCGCCUGGCCAAGACCAUGUGACUGUGAGCAUCCAGUUGCUUCUACACCGUGGUGACAUUUUCCUCACCUCCCACCUGUAUCCAUUCUAUGACUGCCGAGAGGCCAUGCACCUGGUGGAGAACCUACCGUGCAUCUCCUGUGCCAGCAACCGCUGGACGUGCCAGUGGGACCUGCUCUACCACGAGUGCCGGGAAGCCUCGCCCAACCCUGAGGAAGGCAUCGUCCGUGCCCACAUGGAGGAGAACUGCCCCCAGUUCCUAAAGCCCAGCCCCCUGGUCGUUCCCAUGAACCAUGAGACGGAUGUGACCUUUCAGGGCGAGAACCUGGACACGGUGAAGAGCACUUCCCUGUAUGUGGGGAGUGACCUCCUCAAGUUCAAGGAGCUGGUGAGCAUGCAGGAGCCAGGCAUCUUCUUCUUCCGGACCCCAAAGCUGUCCUACGAUGCCAGUGAGACGCUGCCCCUGCACCUGUAUGUCAAGUCUUAUGGCAAGAACAUUGACAGCAAGCUCCAAGUGACCCUGUACAACUGCUCCUUUGGCCGCAGCGACUGCAGCCUGUGUCUGGCCGCUGACCCUGCCUACAAGUGUGUGUGGUGUGGUGGGCAGAGCAAGUGUGUGUAUGAGGCCCUGUGCGGCAAUGCUACCUCCGAGUGCCCACCCCCUGUCAUCACCAGGAUCCAGCCCCAGACAGGCCCACUGGGAGGGGGCAUUCGUGUCACCAUCCUUGGGUCAAACUUGGGAAUCAAGGCAGAUGACGUUAAGAGGGUGACCGUGGCUGGCCACAACUGCACCUUCGAGCCCCAGUGGUACUCUGUGUCUACUCGGAUCGUCUGUGUGAUCGAAGCCUCCGAGGAGCCCUCCACUGGAGGUGUUGAGGUGGACAUCAGCGGGAAGCUGGGCCACUCACCACCCCAUGUCCGGUUCACCUACCAGCAGCCACAGCCUGUCCACGUCGACCCAAAGCAGGGGCCACAGGCGGGCGGCACCUUGCUGACCAUCUCUGGCACCCACCUAAACACAGGCUCCAAGGAGGACGUGCUGGUGAACCUCAACAGUGUCCCCUGUAACGUGACGAAGUUUGGGGUGGAGCUCGAGUGCAUGACGGGCCCCCAGCCACAGGUGGGCGAGGCAUCCUUGGAGGUGUUCUACGGGGGCUCGCUUGUGCCCAGCCCCGGCGUCGUCUUCACCUACCGUGACAACCCAGUGCUGCGGGCCUUCGAGCCCACACGCAGCUUUGUCAGUGGUGGCCGGAGCAUCAACAUCACCGGGCAGGGCUUUGGCCUCAUCCAGAAGUUCGCCAUGGUGGUCAUGGCUGAGCCGUUACAGUCCUGGAGGAGACGGCGAGAGGCCGGAGCCCUGCAGCCCAUGAAGAUCGUGGGCACCGACUACGUGUACCACAGCGACACCAAGGUGGUCUUCUUGUCACCACCUGUCCCCGAGGAGCCCGAGGCCUACAACCUGACAGUGCUGGUCCAAAUGGACGGGCACCACAUUCUGCUCCGCACCGAGGCUGGCACCUUUGAGUAUGUGGCCGACCCCACCUUCGAGAACUUCACGGACGGUGUUAAGAAGCAGGUUAACAAGCUCAUUCAUGCCCAGGGCACCAACCUGAACAAGGCGAUGACACUGCAGGAGGCUGAAGCCUUCGUGGGCGCCGAGCGCUGUGUCAUGAAGACGCUCACCGAGACCGACCUGUACUGCGAGCCCCCAGAGGUGCAGCCCCCGCCCAAGCGGCGGCAGAAGCGGGACACCACCCACAACCUGCCGGAAUUCAUUGUCAAGUUUGGCUCCCGCGAGUGGGUGCUGGGCCGCGUGGAGUAUGACACACGUGUCAGCGAUGUGGCCCUUAGGCUUGGUCUCAUCCUGCCGCUAGUCAUCGUGCCUAUGGUGGUGGUCAUCGUUGUGUCGGUCUACUGUUACUGGAGGAAGAGCCAGCAGGCAGAGCGCGAGUAUGAGAAGAUUAAGUCCCAGCUGGAGGGUCUGGAGGAGAGCGUGCGUGACCGCUGCAAGAAGGAGUUCACAGACCUGAUGAUCGAGAUGGAGGACCAGACCAACGACGUGCACGAGGCUGGUAUCCCGGUGCUGGACUACAAGACCUACACGGACCGUGUCUUCUUCCUGCCCUCCAAGGACGGCGACAAGGAUGUGAUGAUCACUGGCAGGCUGGACAUCCCCGAGUCGCGGCGGCCCACGGCAGAGCAGGCCCUCUACCAGUUCUCCAACCUGCUCAACAGCAAAUCUUUUCUCGUCACUUUCAUCCACACCCUGGAGAACCAGCGCGAGUUCUCAGCACGAGCCAAGGUGUACUUCGCGUCACUGCUGACGGUGGCCCUCCACGGGAAGCUGGAGUACUACACGGAUAUCAUGCGCACACUGUUCCUGGAACUCAUGGAGCAGUACGUGGUGGCCAAGAACCCCAAGCUGAUGCUGCGCAGGUCCGAGACAGUAGUGGAGAGGAUGUUGUCCAACUGGAUGUCCAUCUGCCUGUACCAGUACCUCAAGGACAGUGCUGGUGAGCCCCUGUACAAGCUUUUCAAGGCUAUCAAGCAUCAGGUGGAGAAGGGGCCGGUGGAUGCCGUGCAGAAGAAGGCCAAGUACACCCUCAACGACACGGGGCUACUGGGGGACGACGUGGAGUAUGCACCCCUGACAGUGAAUGUGAUUGUCCAGGACGAAGGGGUCGACGCCAUCCCCGUCAAAGUUCUCAACUGUGACACCAUCGCCCAAGUCAAGGAGAAGAUCAUCGACCAGGUGUACCGUACGCAGCCCUGCUCCCGCUGGCCCAAGGCUGCGAGUGUGGUCCUAGAGUGGCGUCCUGGGUCCACGGCACAGACCUUGUCAGACCUAGACCUGACCUCCCAGCGGGAUGGCCGGUGGAAGCGUAUCAACACACUGAUGCACUAUAACGUCCGGGAUGGAGCCACCCUCAUCUUGUCCAAGGUGGGGGUCUCCCAGCAGCCAGAGGACAGCCAGCAGGACCUGCCCGGAGAGCGCCACGCCCUCCUGGAGGAGGAGAACCGCGUGUGGCACCUGGUACGGCCAGCUGAUGAGGUGGACGAGGGCAAGCCCAAGCGUGGCAGCGUGAAGGAGAAAGAGCGCACCAAGGCCAUCACUGAGAUCUACCUGACGAGGCUGCUGUCCGUCAAGGGCACCCUGCAGCAGUUCGUGGACAACUUCUUCCAGAGCGUGCUGGCGCCCGGCCAUGCAGUGCCCCCUGCAGUCAAGUAUUUCUUUGACUUCUUGGAUGAGCAGGCGGAGAAGUAUGACAUCCGUGACGAGGACACCAUCCACAUCUGGAAGACCAACAGUUUGCCACUGCGGUUCUGGGUGAACAUCCUCAAGAACCCCCACUUUAUCUUCGACGUGCACGUGCAUGAGGUGGUGGACGCCUCACUGUCUGUCAUUGCCCAGACCUUCAUGGACGCCUGCACACGCACCGAGCACAAGCUGAGCCGCGACUCUCCCAGCAACAAGCUGCUCUACGCCAAGGAGAUCUCUACCUAUAAGAAGAUGGUGGAGGAUUACUACAAGGGGAUCCGCCAGAUGGUACAAGUCAGCGACCAGGACAUGAACACACACUUGGCAGAGAUUUCGCGGGCACACACGGCCUCCCUGAACACUCUCGUGGCCCUGCACCAGCUCUAUCAGUACACACAGAAAUACUAUGACGAGAUCAUCAAUGCCCUGGAGGAGGAUCCUGCCGCCCAAAAGAUGCAGCUGGCUUUCCGCCUGCAGCAGAUUGCGGCCGCGCUGGAGAACAAGGUCACGGACCUCUGA